AGCCCUGCAGUACCGCUCUCACCAGCGCCAAGCACCGACGACCUGCUGGAGGCGCUAACGCGCGAGCAGGCGCUGCGGGUCGAAGCCGAGGGCCGGCUGAGCGAGACGAGCCGCGAGGUGGAGGAGCUGAGCGUGAGCCUGUUCGAGCAGGCCAACGAGAUGGUUGCCACGGAGCGGCGCGCGCGCGCCGUGCUCGAGAAGCGCGUCGAGACGCUCGAGAAGCGCGACGCCGACAAGAAGCGCCGCCUCGACCGCCUCGAAGGCGCCAUGGACCGUAUCGACCGCGUCCGCCAGCUGCUCGGCCAGACAGAGCAGCAGCAGUGUCGUCACCACCACGAGCAAGAAAGGAGGGAGCAG